CCUCCGAAGCAGCUCGCCCCCCAUUCCUCGCCCCCACUCACUCCACCACGGACCAAACCCUCGCCGCCGUCGCCCCCCUUUUCCCCUCCACCGGCGGCCAUGGACCCGAUGAUCGGCGUCAGCAGGAGCGACAUGCUCGCCGGCUUGGAGCGCGACGGCUUGGACCCGGGGACGCUGGACGCCGGCACAAACCUGCUGCUCCACGUCGUGUACGACUACCUCCCGGACCCGCCCGUCUCCCCCACCGCCCCCCUCUCGCUCGCCGGCGCGUCCUGGGUCCCCGACGGCGUCGACCGCAUCAGCUGCCUCCCCGAUGUGGUCCUCCGCGACAUCAUCUCCCGCCUCCCCGCCAAGGACGCCGCGCGCACCGCCGCCCUCGCCUCGCGCUGGCGCCCCCUUUGGCGCUCGGUGCCCCUCACUCUCGUCGACAGCCACCUGCUCCCGGACGGCGGCGCGCGCGGGCAGCUCGUCAUCGGCGCUCCCUCUCCCCGCGCCGUCACCGCCGCGGUGUCCCGCGUCCUCGCGGCGCACCCGGGCCCCUUCCGCUGCGUCCACCUCACCCGCACCACCAUGGAGGAGCACCGGGGCGAGAUGUCGCGCUGGCUCGACAUCCUCGUCGCCAAGGGGGUCCAGGAACUCAUCUUUGUCAACCGGCCUUGGCCGAUAGACCUGCGCCUCCCCGCCACGCUCUUCAGCUGCUCCACCCUCACCCGCCUCUACCUCGGCGUCUGGAGGCUGCCGGACACCGCUGCCGUGCCGCGCGGCGCCAGAUUCCCCAAUCUCAAGGAGCUCGGUCUGUGCUUCUGUGUCAUGGAGGACCGUGAUCUGGCCUUCAUGCUUGAAAGAAGCCCCGUCCUGGAGUUCCUCGUCCUCAUGGGAAGCCAGACCGGAGUGCGCCUCCGCCUCGUCAGCCAAAGCCUGCGGUGUCUUCAGCUGGGCUUUACCUGCUUGGAGGACAUCGAAGUGGUGGAUGCCCCUCGCCUGGAGAGGCUCUUCCAGCGGGACACCGACGUUACUGAGGGCGACACUGCCACGAUCAAGAUUGGGCGUGCACCUAACCUGCGUGUGCUGGGAUAUCUUCAGCCAGGAGAGCAAGAGCUGGAGGUCUGCGUGGCUGGGAGCAAGGAGAAGAUUGCCCUUAGUGUGCAGAUAUUGGCCAUAGAGGUGCGAUUCGGUGUUCGUAGUGCUGUCAAGAAAGUGCCAGGCUUUCUCAGAUGCUUCCCUAACCUGGAGACGCUCCAUGUCCAGUCCCGCAUCGAUGAAGAGCCCAAUGGCAAGGUCAAUCUGAAGUUCUGGCAGGAGGGCGGUCCCAUGAAAUGCGUCGUGCAGAGCAUCAAGAAGGUGUUUUUCUACGAGUUCCAGGGGUUGAGAAGCGAGGUUGCUUUCCUCAAGUUCAUCGCGGAGAGAGGUCGGGUGCUGGAGCAGAUGGUUGUUGUGGUGGCCAGUGAGUGUUUCUCCUCAGGGGACAAUGUGAAUGCGAAGCUGAAGCCUCUGAUCAGUGCAAAAUGGAGCAACAAAGCUUGCAAAGUAGAGCUUUUCAAGAGCCCACUCGACAACGUGGGAGGUCCAGCUUACUGCCACGAAAUAGCUUCGGAUUUUGAGGUUGCUGAUCCUUUUGAUCUCAACUACUACUAUGAAGCAGAAAGGAUCUCUCUGUAAGGUAAUUAGUAGUACCCUGCCUCUUGCCUCUUGCCUCUUGUGCUGCAAGACUACUGUUACUAUUGGGACCUGAAUUUCUGCAUGAUGAUGUUGUUUUGCCAAGUCAA